CCGGUAGGCAUUGCGGCAGUGCUUUCGGCGCCAGGCCGAGGUGUGGUGGCUUAGGUAGUUACCAUGGAGUUGCGCUGGGUAACCCUGAGGUAGUGAGUGGGACACCGAGGCUGGAGGGGCAGCAGCUGCGGGGGUAUUUCCAUUUUAACAGGGAACAAUCCCUGAACCCAAAGGAAUGAAUCCCUAAUGGUGGCGUUUCAGGCAUCAGUGACAGGCUGAACCCGGACUUCCAGGGCCCAUGCUUACACCGGACAAAUUAUGGCCUGAGCUAUGAGCACACAGGACUACAUGAACACUUCGGUACAAGAGCCCCCUCUUGACUACUCCUUCCGAAACAUCCAGGUGAUUCAAGAUCUGAUGAGCGAGGAGCCAAGGAGAGGGCAGCGACCACUAAAGCACUCGAAGUCAGGGAAGUCACUGACCCAGUCCCUGUGGCUGAACAACAAUGUCCUCAAUGAGCUGAAAGGCUUCAACCAAGUAAUUUCACAGCUGCUGCAGCAUCCAGAGAACCUGGCCUGGAUUGACCUGUCUUUCAACGACCUGACUUCCAUUGACCCUGUCCUGACCACUUUGUUCAACCUGAGUGUCCUCUACCUCCAUGGCAACAGCAUCCAGCGUCUCGGAGAGGUGAAUAAGCUGGCCAUCCUCCCUCGGCUCCGGAGCCUCACACUCCACGGGAACCCCAUGGAGGAAGAGAAGGGGUAUAGGCAGUAUGUGCUGUGCACCUUGCCUCGUAUCACCACAUUCGACUUCAGUGGGGUCACCAAAGCAGACCGCACAGCAGCUGAAGUGUGGAAACGAAUGAACAUCAAGCCCAAGAAAGUCCGGAUCAAGCAGGAUGCACUCUGAGGUUCCCAGGACUGCAGCCACCCUGAAGGCCUGAGGACAGCCAGUGUUGGUUUGACAAUACAAUAAAGGAUUUGAGCUGUUCAGCAGAUUAGAAGUCACUUGUGCUGUGUAAAAAUGCCCCCCCACUCAGGCAGUUGCCACUGGUUCUGGUCUUGCUUCACUGAAAGAUCAGAUAUCCUGCGAUUGAGUUGCUUCACAGAGCACCAGGGUUCUGUGGAGAUGCCUCAGAGGCCUCGGUGAGAAAAAGUCAAGAAGAUAGGCCGUGAAUGCUGAAUCCCCAUUUCCAUCCAACCAGAGUAGUUACUCUCAUGCUGUUCAUGUUGGGAUUGUGCUUGAGACGUCAUUUGAUUUAAAAAAAGAACUUCUGCCCUA